UUUCCUGUUUAGGCCUAUAUUGAUAUUGUUUGAGUGGGAGAUCUAAAACAAAACAAGUUAAUAAUCGUUCUCGUACUAUAGGCUACGUCGGCUUAAAAAUUUUGGUUAGAGUGCAAGCCAAUUAUAAAUGUGAGGUAAACUGAUUACUGACUGAAUCAAAACUAAGGAAAUGUUACCGAAUCAUAGAGGAAUUAAUAGGUUAAACUUGUCUCACAAGAAUUUUAAAAACUGAAGGAAUUCUGUUUUAGUUAGUUAUAAAAACAUAAAUUACAGUCAAUAUGGUAAAAUUAUUCCUAUGAUUUUAAAGAAUGCGAUUCAGUCCGUCACGUUUACUGUCAUGUCUGUGUUUGUUGAUGGGGCUUCUACUGACGUGGACUUUGCUGCGUCAUUCACGAUCAUAUACACAAACCUGUCAUCAUUCAGAAGCUUUCCAAGAUGGCUUACACGCCCUCUCUGACAGAGUUCACAGACUGCUUGCUAGUCUUGGAAUCACUCAUUUUCUGUGUUACGGGGCUCUAUGGGGUCAGCUGAGAUUGUCUCGUACAUUACCAUGGGAGAGAGACAUAGAGCUGUGUGUGCUCAACGAGGAGAUUGCUCUCAAAGAUGAGGUGUUUCUGGAGCGUCAGUUCAGGAAAAACAAUAUGCAUCUGGUGUACGAUUCAACUGAUGGUAAAUACAGAGUAACAGACACAACAGUGCCAGAUGCUAGGAUAGAGCUGAUUGUAUUUGAAGAAGAUCCCAUGGUCGGUAUGCUGCGCAGAGUUGGGUGGAAGAGACGAGUUCUGCCGUCUGACUGUGAGUCCCUUCCCUCGCUCAGUUGUUUCCCCCCUCGUCUGGUCAAAGCCCCCCUCCCCUCUCGGGAGUUUGGUGGCUACAUCGUCCCUGUCCCUCGUGAGGGCAUCGAGAUACAAAAGUACCACUAUCCCGACAACUGGUGGAAGGAAGUGCUGCCUAAAAACUGUUAAAUCGAACAAAGUUUGAUUGUUAUUAAUAUAUUGUUUACAUUCAAUUUAAAAUUGAAUUCAUUCAAAAGUUUCAUUGGAUUGGAUCCAUUCCAAGUUUGUGAUGUACCUUUAGAGCCAAAAAAAGGUGUAGACAGAAAGGGGUGUAAAAGAUAAACUAUGCACUAAGUUGAUUUUAAUACCGUUGGUUUUGCACUGAAAUAAAAGAAUGUAUGCAAUGGAUUGCCAGAUUAUAGUUCCUACAUAGAAUCCAGGAAAAUAUUGACAGUAUGGUUAAGUUUAUUUGCUUGUAAUUAAUUACACCUAGAUUGAAUUACCAAAUAAAAAUAGAUCUGACAAAGCAAAUGUAAUUUGUAAUACUUUUUUUUUUGACUAUUGAACAUUAGGAUGAUUCUAAUCUUUAUAUUGGUAGAUCAUAAAAGUGUGGAUUAAUGAGAAAUACGGCCUAUUUCGAUUUGACAGAAUUUUCUAGUGUAUAAACAAAAAGAGAUUGAUGAAAGAUAUUGAAAUGGGCAGGGAAACCAGCAGUUACCUAUUUAUAUAGAAAAUCUUAAGAACUGAAUAUGACCCUGAAAGGCUGAAGGCGGAAAUCAAUAAUCAUCAACCAUUUUGUCAUAUCAAAACUGUUUUAUCGAGUUUAUUUAAUAAUGCAUGUAGAUGCCAACCUGAAAAGUAGUUGUAGCUUAGUCUAGAAAGUUGACUCCUUUUUUGGACACAUGACAUUUAUUAUAAACCCUAUUCUAGUCAUUUAAACUGUGAGAAAGGUAUGUGUCUGUAUAUUUUUAGUCAGUGCUUUUAUUAUGAAUAUUAGAUCAAAUUUUUUCUCAACAAAAUUAGUAUUAAAAUGUAGAUUACAUUUCACACUUUUGUUAUUGUUAUUUCUUUGAGAUUUAUGAAUUACCCAUGAGAUAUUGUAAUUUGUUUGUUGUUUGACAUUUUAUUAAAUUGAUUCAAAAGUACCAUACAUUGUAGGGUUAACUUAGUUUGUAAAAAGAAGAUUGUUUAAUAUGUUUACCUCCUAAUAAAAUCCAAAACGGUUAAGAAAUCAGUUUGUAUUUUAAACUAUGAUAUUUCUAAAGUUUAGGGAAUGCAGUAUUGUUAUUUUUAUUCUUUUUGAUACAUACUCAACAUGUUUAUAUUGAAUACAGUGCUCUAUUUGUAAGAAUAUAGGUGCCAGAACUUUAACCUAUUUAUAAUAUUUUUAUCCAUCCGAGAGAGGUAUCGGAAUCUAGUGGCUAUAUUCAUUUUUAAUACCCACUUAACAUUUUCAUAUAUUCAUUAUUUAAGUAUAUUUUUACAUUAGGUUGGACAUGGAUUUUAAAAAAAGGUUCAUUGCCACUUUAAUUGUGAUACAAAUUUUGAAAUGUACUGACAGUGUAUGGUGUAGGCCCAUUAUUAUUAUUUAUUUAAGUAGGCCUAUGUGUAUAAACCAAAGAUUUGUUCAAAUAGUAAUUGUAGAGGAUCAUUUUAUGAUAAAAAACCUUCUUAUAAAUGUUUUAUUUCUUCAUUGAUAGUGAGCUAGCAUACGUUUAAGAUAUUAAAAUUCAAUAUAGAUCUGUAAGUGCUUCUUUAGGCUUAUAAUAUGACCAUUAUUUUGUAACUGUGAAGAACAAAAUAGUUUCUUUAUUGUGCUUAAUUUUAUACUCUAUACAGGGAGAUUUUCAUAUUUGUAA